AGGGAGUCUGCGUCAAUGCGUCAUUCGCACGUUCCACGAAGGCCGCGGCCGGGGGCAUCCUGCACCUCAGUCAGCCUGUCCGCAGUUCUAGUUGGGGCUGCAACGACGAUGGGGCUUCAAUCAAGACUGCUCAUCCUGAUCUUCUGUUUGUAUGACGCCUCGGCGAUACCCUCGUCGAUGAUUGAGGAGAUCAAGGCGAGGGAGCUGCGACCGACUAAAGUGAAAAGAGUCUCGAUGAUAGCUGAAGGUCCCGAAGAGAGCAUGAAGAUCGGUAACCAUUACUAUGGAGACCCUACUGCGAUCAAGAGAGGUACUGAGAUGAAAAACGAGGUGCCCGAAGAUGAAUCUUCCAGCGACACUGAUUGGGUUCAGAGCCAACAGGGCAUUUAUCAGGACGUCGAUAACGAUUUUCAAUCAACGUCCUAUAACGACGAAUCCUCGCAAUCUGCUAAGAGCGUGGACGAUUAUGACAAAGGAUUUCAAUAUGGCGGAAAUAGGGAAAAGUUCGACGAGGCGAUUGAGAAUGCUGUGUUGAAAUCUGAAUUCUAUGGAAAUUUGGAUAACGACAAGAAGAAAAGGAAGAAACGUAGUUCCAGGCUAAAUGGUUAUGGAAACAGCAUAGCAUCAGACGAUUUGUCCCCUGAAGAAGUACUAGAACUCCUCAAUUUAUACGAGGGCGAACGUCAGAAACCCGAAAUGGACAUUGGAAAUUUCGACCAAGACCAUGCAGUUUGGUUAGACGUCCCAGUAAGACCCGGCCCUGUUGUCCCAAAUACAUCAAACCUCGGCCCAUCCUACUCUUUAGACCGUACCCCAAUGGACUACGAAAGAUCAAAAUGGCUCGAAAACAAAAAUAAACGGUUCAUGGUAGCAAAGAAGAAGAAUGACCCUACCAGAGAAAUACGUUACCUUACAGGUCCCGCCAAGCAUGACUACUACUUCCUCUCCCAACUGUUGAAUAACAGGAGAGAGGCUAAUGUACCAGUAUUCCACAGAUAUGUGCUAUAAGCUUAUUAUUCAAUGUGAAAACUAUACUAUCUGUGUUAUUAGAUAAUUGAUGUAUAUUUUCUGAUAAUUGUUUAUUCUAAGAGGAAUUAUUAGUUGUUAAGAUGAUCAGUCAGUAUAAUAUUUGUAUGAAUGGAUGUAUUCAAUGGACCAUAUAUUUUGUGUGUUGUAUCGAAGCAGAAUAUAUCUGAAAUGCUUCAAAA